AUGUCUUUACCCCGUUUGUCUCCUGCUGAGCCAGUGAUGGAGAGCAGCCCAGAGGCCCAAGAAGUCAGCCAGGAUGCUGCCAAACCAGAGAGAGCUGAGGGAGCAGAGGGACCAAAGGAGACUUUGUGGCCUGUACGCCAGGGUUUGCCUCCUGCAGGCGCCACAGCUCCCCCAUCUGGCAAGGAGGACCAGUCCUCCAGUGGGGAGGUGGGAACUCAGGAAUGCCUGGCAUCCAAGCCUUCUCAGCUUUGGCGGGAAGAGGGGAAGGCAGAGGAAAAGGCAGCAGUGGAAGCUGAACAGGAAGAGCAUCUCCUUCCUCUCUCAGAGAUGAUCCCAUACAUCUCCUGUUCUAUUUGCAAAGGCUACUUAAUAGAUGCGGCUACCAUUACAGAGUGUCUUCAUACUUUCUGUAAAAGCUGCAUCGUAAAACAUUUUGAACAUAGCAACAGAUGUCCAAAGUGCAACAUUAUAGUGCAUGAAGCCAAACCUCAUAUUAACUUGAGGAUGGAUCCACAAUUACAAAACAUAGUAUACAAAUUAGUAGCGGGUCUAGAGGAAAAGGAAAUAAAGCAGAGGCGUGAGUUCUAUAAAGAAAAUUGUCUGGGAACACCAAACCCCACUGCUGUUCCACAGCCAUGCCCUUCAGAUGAAGAGAACACUAAAGAAGUUGUGGAAUAG